AAACCCGCGGUGCCCGGAUGUGAAUGGAUUACAAUGUAUCUUUCAGGGAAACCUAUUAUUAUCAAUGUGACUCCACGGGGGAGGCAAUGGUGAUGAUGGUGAUGAGGAUGAUGAUGAUGAUGAGACACCUCUAAACUUGGAACAAGUUUAAGACUUUGUAGGAGAAGAAAAAUAAUUGCCACCAACAAGAUUGUUUGAGGAACAAUUAUAACUCUCCUGUGUUGAUUUUUUUUAUACAAACAAUAAGAAAAAGUUGGAUUUUUUUUAAAUGAUUACUUUUUUCCGGGGGAGGGUAUUUUGUUACAAUUUUAUGGAGGAAAAUGCAAAACCCAAAACCAGGUGCAUAAUUUUGUACUUUGUGGAUAACCCUGGAGCAGAGCUGAGUGCCACUUAAAAUACUUUUUUGGGGGAUACACAUGUGAGAUACUAAGUACUUGCAGAAGAUUUUUGUCUUUCUUUAAAGUCUCUUUCCUUGGAAUACUGUGAGCAUAUUUGUGGCCAUUGAAGGUUUGUGUGAUUUUGCUAAAAUGCAUCACCAACAGCGAAUGGCUGCCUUAGGGACGGACAAAGAACUGAGUGAUUUACUGGAUUUCAGUGCGAUGUUUUCACCUCCUGUGAGCAGUGGGAAAAACGGACCAACUUCUUUGGCGAGUGGACAUUUUACUGGCUCAAAUGUAGAAGACAGAAGUAGCUCAGGGUCCUGGGGGAAUGGAGGACACCCAAGCCCAUCCAGGAACUACGGAGAUGGGACUCCCUAUGACCAUAUGACCAGCAGGGACCUAGGGUCACAUGACAAUCUCUCUCCACCUUUUGUCAAUUCCAGAAUACAAAGUAAAACAGAAAGGGGCUCAUAUUCAUCUUAUGGGAGAGACUCAAACAUACAGGGCUGCCACCAGCAGAGUCUCCUCGGAGGGGACAUGGAUAUGGGCAAUCCAGGAACCCUCUCGCCCAGCAAGCCUGGCUCACAAUACUACCAGUAUUCUAGCAAUAACCCCCGUCGGAGGCCUCUUCACAGCAGUGCCAUGGAGGUACAAACAAAGAAAGUCCGGAAAGUUCCUCCAGGUUUGCCCUCCUCAGUCUAUGCUCCUUCAGCAAGCACUGCCGACUACAACAGGGACUCGCCAGGCUACCCUUCCUCCAAACCAGCAGCCAGCACUUUCCCUAGCUCCUUCUUCAUGCAAGAUGGCCAUCACAGCAGUGACCCUUGGGGCUCCUCCAGUGGGAUGAAUCAGCCUGGCUAUGGAGGAAUGUUGGGCAAUUCUUCUCAUAUUCCACAGUCUAGCAGCUACUGUAGCCUGCAUCCACAUGAACGUUUGAGCUAUCCAUCCCACACCUCAGCAGACAUCAACUCCAGUCUUCCUCCAAUGUCCACUUUCCAUCGCAGUGGCACAAACCAUUAUAGCACCUCUUCCUGCACACCUCCUGCCAAUGGGACAGACAGCAUAAUGGCAAACAGAGGAAGCGGGGCAGCAGGCAGCUCGCAGACUGGAGAUGCUCUGGGGAAAGCACUUGCUUCGAUCUAUUCUCCAGAUCAUACCAACAACAGCUUCUCAUCAAAUCCUUCAACUCCAGUUGGCUCUCCUCCUUCUCUCUCAGCAGGCACAGCUGUUUGGUCUAGAAACGGAGGACAGGCCUCAUCAUCUCCCAAUUAUGAAGGACCCUUACACUCUUUGCAAAGCCGAAUUGAAGAUCGUUUAGAAAGACUGGAUGAUGCAAUUCAUGUUCUCCGGAACCAUGCAGUAGGCCCAUCCACAGCUGUUCCUGGUGGCCAUGGGGAUAUGCAUGGAAUCAUAGGACCCUCUCAUAAUGGAGCAAUGAGUAGUCUGGGCUCAGGGUAUGGCACCAGUCUUCUUUCAGCCAACAGACACUCACUCAUGGUCGGGGCCCAUCGUGAAGAUGGUGUGACCCUGAGAGGCAGCCAUUCUCUUCUGCCAAACCAGGUUCCGGUUCCACAGCUUCCAGUCCAGUCUGCAACCUCCCCUGACUUGAAUCCACCCCAGGACCCUUACAGAGGCAUGCCACCAGGACUACAGGGACAGAGUGUGUCCUCGGGUAGCUCUGAGAUCAAAUCUGAUGAUGAGGGUGAUGAGAACCUGCAAGACACGAAAUCUUCUGAGGACAAGAAAUUAGAUGACGACAAGAAGGAUAUCAAAUCAAUUACUAGGUCAAGAUCUAGCAAUAAUGAUGAUGAGGACCUGACCCCAGAGCAGAAGGCAGAGCGCGAGAAGGAACGGAGGAUGGCCAACAAUGCCCGUGAGCGCCUGCGUGUCCGUGACAUCAACGAGGCUUUCAAGGAGCUCGGCCGCAUGGUGCAGCUUCACCUAAAGAGUGACAAGCCCCAGACCAAGCUCCUGAUCCUGCACCAAGCCGUGGCUGUCAUCCUCAGCCUGGAGCAGCAAGUGCGAGAAAGGAAUCUGAAUCCAAAAGCUGCAUGUCUGAAACGAAGGGAGGAAGAAAAGGUGUCCUCAGAGCCUCCUCCACUGUCCUUGGCUGGCCCACACCCUGGGAUGGGAGAUGCAUCAAAUCACAUGGGACAGAUGUGAAAGGGUCCAAGUUGCCACAUUGCUUCAUUAAAACAAGAGACCACUUCCUUAACAGAUGUAUUAUCUUAAACCCACAUAAACACUUCUCCUUAAACCCUUUUUUGUAACAUAAGACAAGUCUGAGUAGUUAUGAAUCGCAGACGCAAGAGGUUCCAGCAUUCCCAAUUAUCAAAAAACAGAAAAACAAACAAAAAAAAGAGAGAAAAAGUGCAACUUGAGGGACGACUUUCUUUAACAUAUCAUUCAGAGUGUGCGAGCAGUAUGUACAGGCUGAACAGCCCAGAGACUGAAUGGCAAUCUCUCCACGCUGUGGAACAAUGCAUUUGUGCCUAAACUUCUUUUGGAAAAAAAAUAUAAUUAAUUUGUAAGUCUGAAAAAAUAUUUAAUUUAAAAAUUGUAAACUUGCAAUAAUGAAAAAGUGUACUUCUGAAGAAAACUACAUGAACGUUUUUGUUGGUAUUCAAGUCAGCUAGUGUUUAUAAUUACUGGAUAUUGAAUAGGGAAGCUCAGCUGCCCUUGUAACAAAACCAGCAAACGUCCUGAUGACAACGAAAUGAUGACAUUAGCCAUUCCUUAGGGUAGGAGGAACAGAUGGAUCUUAUAGACCUAUGACAAAUAUAUAUAUAAAUAUAUAUAAAUAUAUAUUAAAAAUUUAGUGACUAUGGUAAGCUUUUGUUCAUUUGUUUCAGACUUUUUUCUCCUGUAAAAAAAAAAAUAGUACUGAUUAACUUUUUUAAAAGAAAGAUUUUACUGUAAAUAUGGAUUUUUUUUUUUUUUUUGGUCUUAUUUUUGUCCCUUUCCCCAGUUUGUUAUCGUUACCUGUAGUGCCAACUCUAUUUCCGGAGGGGUGGUGCAGGACGAAAUGCUGACCCUGAUGUUGCUUCUCAUUCAUAAAUAAGUAGAAAGUUGUUUCUCCAGUCUUUUGGGAACACAGGACUUAAUGGUCACAUUAUGUAUAGAUAUUACCAGCAGCAUUACCAAGACAUGGCAAAAAAAAAGUUUGUCUGGCUUGUGAAGCUGCCCUUGUGACCCUCUUCUGGGAUUUUCAGAGGUACACGGUUAGAAUGCUACAAUGUUACCACUGUGCCUUCCAAUGUUUAUAUCAUCGGAAACAUAACAUAAUCAAAGUGGCUGUGAUUUAACAAAGCGAUUAAAGUGUUACCUACCUGUGUAGCCGAAGUAGUGUGCAGUGAGGCGUUUCUGAAUACAUGGUCAGAUUUUUGGAAAAAAACAAAAAUGAAAAAAAAAGAGUCAAGUUCAAAAACCGUCAAAUGAGAAAAUUGCAAGUAGUGUGACAGAGCUGAUUGAUUUUGUUGUUUCUUGAUUUUUUUUUCAAAAUGGGUUUACUAAAAAGUAGAUGACUUACCUGCCUCCUCCUUUGUAUGAAAAUGCCAAUAUUCAAAAUCAUCACGCAGCAUUAUAACAAGCCUUAUAAAGUCCUAAAGCAUUAGGUUGCACUUUUGCAAGGAGGGGCAGUGCAGUAUUUCUCUGGCCAGUAUGAAUGACGUUUAUACUUACAUUUGAUAGAAAUAUAAGUCAAGCUGUGGCACAGCACUCAUCAGAUAGCUAGCUUUGACAUCUGGGCACAACUGAACCAAUUUCCAUCAUAAAUCUUUAUAAUGAUUGACUUGGUGUAUAGUGCAUUAAACAAAUAGUGCUCCUAGUUAAGUAUCUGUCAGCAUCCUUUUGUCUCUAACUUGUUUCUAUUUUUACAGCCACACAACCUUGGCAUGUAUUAAGAAAAAAAAAAUCCCUGUUCUAGUAGUUUUUCCAUCUAUCAGCACUGAGUAAAUGCCAUAAAUCCAUGGAAAUGGUCUAAAUGUUCCAUCUGUUCUCCUGUUUUGCCAGUUACAUAGUAAUGAAAUACAUUUGUAAAUUUUAUGCAACAAAUGGCAAACUUAUCAUUAUUUUGAAACUGUGUAUGUAAAAGUUAUAUUUUUACAUGUAGACUCUUGUUAUUAUGUGUUUUAAUACAUUGUAUCAGUUUUUUGUUUUUCUAAACUGAGUGGUUUUAAAAAAAAAGUCUCAUUUAAAUGAAAUAGUGAGCUACAUGAAUCUGAAUUUUAUGUUCAUUUCUUAAAAUGUAAGAACAAAUAAGAUAGUAACCAUGUGGUCAUCUUUUAUAAACCCAUAAAUGUUUUGAUUAGCUGUGUGUGUGUGUGUGUGUGUUGAAAACUGUAAAUAUGUUCACUAGUGAUAAAACUAAAUAAUUUGAUUUGUUGAUAAGUUCCUAAAAUGUGGAGGUGGAUUAAAACCUUAGGAGAAGAGCAGAAAUCAAACUUCAUGAAAAGUUGUUUUGGGUCUUUCCUAUGAAACAUAUGAACAAAGGAGCUCAAAGAAGAACAUGGAAGAAAACAAUGUACACUUAACCCCCUCCCCGAAUAAUGGAAACCAUGUGUACUUGUUCCCUCAGUGUGUUAAAGAUUUCCUUUCUGUGGUACAUUCUGCACUCAAUUU